UGGGCCCCCAGGGUACAAUAAAAGUGGCAGUUUCAGAGGUGGGUUGGGACAGAGGGACUAUGCAGGGGCAAUUAGUCAGCCAGUCUCUCUAGUGGGGCAGUUCCAGGGGGUAGGGGGCAAUGCCAGAAGUACAGAGCUAUUAAUUGCCCCAUCCCUGUGCCCCCAGGUCGCCAUGAAGCUCCGCCUCCGGACCCAGCUCCGCCUCCCGCUCUACGGAUUCCUCAUAUUUUCCGUUUCGCUCAUCAUUUGGGACCCCGGAACCAUGAAACAUUUCCUUUACCCCCGGGAUUCUGCCCCGGAACUGCCCCCCGCGGGGCUGCCAAUAGCGAGGGGGUCGGCGACCCUGUAUGACGGGCACUUCACUUUCCGGCUCAACCUGUCCCAGUUCCAGUGGGAGUUCCCCCACCUGCAGAGCUACCGCUGCUCCCUCGCCCUCGGCCCCCGGGGGGCGCUCUAUAAGGAGAUGCCCGAGAAGCUUCUGCUCUUGGCCAUUAAGUCCCACCCAGGCUCAGGGGCACGGAGAGCGGCGCUGAGACAGACGUGGGCCUCGGAGAGGCUGAUUGGCAGCUACAGGGUUAAACACCUUUUCCUUCUGGCAACUACCCCGGUGCGGGGGCAAAUGGAGCUGGUGAGGCGGGAGAGCCAGGAGUUUGGGGACAUCCUGCAAUGGGACUUCACUGAGGGGCAUCACAACCUGUCUCUGAAGGAGCGAUGCUUCCUGGAGUGGCUCCACCUCCGGCUCCCCCAUGUGGCCUUUGUGUUCAAGGGGGACGAUGAUGAGUUUAUGAACCCCCAAGGAUUGGUUGGCUACAUCUCACAGCAUAGCUCCUCCCCCCACACGCUCCAUGGGGCCCUCCAGCGACACUCAGUGGUACUGCGGCGCCACAUUAAAUACAAGGUGUCGUGGGCCUUGUUCCCCAACUCUAAAUACCCCUUCUUUCUCUCUGGGGGGGGGUUCCUGAUCCCCGGGGGUGCCGUGGGGCCCCUGUAUGUGGCGGCCCAGACUCUGCCCGUUUUCCCUCUGGACGACGUGUACCUGGGCUUCCUGGCACUGGCUGCCAACCUCACCUACCGGCACGAGCCGCGCUUUUAUGUGUUCGGCCUGAAGUACAACGCUUGCCGGUACCAGCGGGCCCUGGUGGUGCACAGAGUGGGGCCCGACACCCUGGUGCGGAUCUGGGCAGAGGUGCAACGGGCUACGUGCCAGGGGGAACGGUGACGGGCAAAGGGGCGAGGGUAUGAACUGGCACCGACGGGCACCCCCUGCAAUAUCACUGCCAGCUGCACCACACAUUGGCCACGCCCACAAUCGUGAGCUGUACGUGUGCCAGAUGCACCCUGCAAUGACUGUGUAGCAAUAUGUAUAUAUAUAUAUAUGUGUGUGUGUGUAACUAACAACGAGGCGCUCCCCCUGACCAUGCAGCUCCUCCCCCUCAGCCAUGCAGCUCCUCCCCCUCAGCCAUGCAGCUCCACCCCCUCAGCCAUGCAGCUCCACCCCCUCAGCCAUGCAGCCCCACCCCUGGCCAUGCAGCUCCACCCCCUGACCAUGCAGCUCCACCCCCUCAGCCAUGCAGCUCCACCCCCUCAGCCAUGCAGCCCCACCCCUGGCCAUGCAGCUCCACCCCCUGACCAUGCAGCUCCUCCCCCACAGCCAUGCAGCUCCACCCCCUCAGCCAUGCAGCUCCACCCCCUCAGCCAUGCAGCUCCACCCCCUCAGCCAUGCAGCCCCACCUCUGGCCAUGCAGCUCCACCCCCUGACCAUGCAGCUCCACCCCCUCAGCCAUGCAGCUCCACCUCUGGCCAUGCAGCUCCACCCCCUGACCAUGCAGCUCCACCCCCUCAGCCAUGCAGCCCCACCCCUGGCCAUGCAGCUCCACCCCCUCGGCCAUGCAGCUCCACCCCCAGCCACGCAGCUCCUCCCCCUUGCCAUGCAGCUCCACCCCCCUGGCCAUGCAGCUCCUCCCCCCUGGCCAUGCAGCUCCACCUAUCCAUGCACUAGGGACUGUAAGAGGAAUGGGAAAUUGAGGGUAUUAUGGGAUAUUUAGUCAGUGGUUUUAGUGAAUUCAUUUUGUUGAAAAACAACAGUGAGGCCAAACGUCUGAUCAAUACGGAGAAGCCUCUAGUGGCGGAAAGUGAGAUUGCACCCAGUCUGUCCGUAUAGCGACCAGUUGCGCUGCAUUAAUGUAACGUCCCGUCAGUAAAGUGACAAACUCUG